AUGGGCGUCGCCUUUGUCGUCCGGAACGACAUCGUGGGACGACUGCUGUGUCUGCCGCAGGGCACCAACGAUCGCCUGAUGAACCUCCGCUGGCCUCUCCAGGGAAGUAAAUUCGCCACCAUCGUCAGCGUCUGCGCUCCGCCGAUGACCAACCCUGAUGCUGCAAGGAACAAAUUCUACGAGGACCUGCACGCCUUCAUGGCGUGUGUGCCGAAGUCGAAUGAGUUAAUUGUCUUCGGUGACUUCAACGCCCGCGUCGACACAGAUCAUGCUGCCGAUACAAACGACGAUGUGAGUUACAGGAACUAG